GAUAUUGAAAUUGUUUCAUGAUCUGUGCUUUAGAAAUUGAUGUUCUAGUCUAAACGCAUUAUUCUAUGCUCUGUUACUACAGAGAUGUUUUGUCAUUUGCUCUGAUGGUGGUUAAGUGCUAAGAUGGUGAAAGAAUUAAAUACUCUUUUAAUUUUUAAUUAAAAAGUUUGGCCUUGUGGACUUAUGGAGGUUGAAGAUGCCAUUAAUAAAGAACUAAGGAGCCACCAUUCUUCUGUGAGGCAAAAGCUUGAACAAGUUGUUUAAUUAAGAAAAGAGGAAAGCUCUGACCAGGAAACAUAACUGAUAAAUUCGAUAAGGAGAGAAGAGCUAUGAUGUGUCAAUAUAUUGUGCCUUGAUUUCUUCAGGUGUGUGCCUCUCUAGUGCCUCUUCCCUAAGGUAUUUGGAGGUGUGGAAUAUAUUGUGAUCUCAGGCAUACCCCAUUAGCCGUCACUGGCUUCAUCUUUUGCCCCAAAAGUGAUAUUUUGGAAGAAAUAGAUUGUGAUAUAUCAAGUUCCUAUGUAAAUAAGGCUUGUCAAGUGGCAAGGGAAUUUUUAUUUCUUUGCGCAACAAUAUAGUGAAAGAAUGAACUCUAUAUGGUACAUUCCAAUCUGAUCCCUUCAGAAAGUCAAUCUAUAAGGUAGAAGUCAUAACCUGGAUUUAGAUCUUCAAAAUUUCCUUAAGACGUCCGUGCACACAUUUCUUGUGAUAUAAUGUGCAUAGCAGUGUUCAUGUGGCAAUCUCACUCCUUGUAUCCCUUCAUCCUCCUACUCAACAGGGAUGAAUUUUAUACUCGGCCUACACAGCCCUUGGCAUGGUGGCCGGGAAAUAGAAUCUUGGGUGGCAGGGAUGAGGAAGCUGGUGGCACUUGGUUGGCUUCCACAAGGGAUGGCAGAGUGGCUUUUAUCACUAAUUUCAGGGAACGUGAGAAGCAUCCAAAUCCUAAAAGCAGGGGGGAACUACCACUUUGUUUUCUGGAGAGCAACAAGAGCCCCUGGGAGUUUGCCAUAGAGAUUCUGAAAGAGGCAGAUCAAUAUAAUGGCUUUAAUCUCAUAUUAGUUGAUAUUUGCAGCAGAACCAUGGUUUAUGUCAGCAAUAGACCCAAAAAAGACAAUCUUAGUGUUAGUAUGGUUACACCUGGUAUUCAUGUCCUGACUAAUGCAAGUUUGGAUGCUGCUUGGCCAAAGGGUGAACGGUUGCGUCAGAGUUUCAAAGAGCUCAUUGAUCAAUACGGGGAAAGUGAAUUUCCCAUCAAAGAAAUGGUUGAGAAGCUAAUGACAAACAAAAUUAAAGACGGGGAAAACUUGCUGCCUGGGAUUCAUCCCCCACAUCAAGAGUAUCCUUUGAGCUCUAUUUUUGUUGAAGCAGAUUUCCCAUGGGGACGUUAUGGCACUAGGAGCUCUUCUGCUUUCUUUGUGAAAUCAGAUGGAGAAGUCAGCUUCUACGAGAAACAUCUAGACGAUGUGGAUGGGAAAUGGAAAGAGAAAAUGAUGACAUAUCAGACCAGCGGGGUGUCGUAAAUGUGCAGCUAUUGUCCAUAAAUGUCAUGGCUCUUGAAGCUCAAUUGCAACAACAUGAGUUGAAAGUCUUCAUGCUUUGGUUGACAGUUGAACUCUUGUCCAGUGGAUAUGAUAAUGCGUUUGCUGAUGACAAAUGGUGCGGUUUCUAUUUUACGUUCAAAAA